AACGUCCGCACCGGAGCCGGGCGCAGGCCGAGCGGAGCGGGCCAAUCAGCGGCGGCGGCUCGCGGCCCCCGAACGUUGGGACAGCGGCCCCGCCCCGCGCCGUUGUUUGUGGUGUCGGCGGCCGCGGGAGCCGGGCCGGGACACUCGCCUGGCGAGCGGCGGGUGGCGAGGGGUCCGGAGGCCGCGGGCGGGCGGGCGGCGAGCGCGAGCCGAGAGCGGCCGGCCUCCCGCGGCCGCCCAGCCGGAAUCGCGCGGCGGCCGGAGCCAUGUCGGUGAACAUGGACGAGCUGCGGCACCAGGUCAUGAUCAACCAGUUCGUGCUGGCCGCGGGCUGCGCGGCCGACCAGGCGAAGCAGCUGCUGCAGGCGGCCCACUGGCAGUUCGAGACCGCCCUGAGCACGUUUUUCCAAGAAAGCAACAUUCCCAACGGCCACCACCACCACCAGAUGCAGAUGUGCACCCCCAGCAACACACCUGCCACGCCGCCCAACUUUCCCGAUGCACUGGCCAUGUUCUCCAAGCUUCGCGCCUCGGAGGGCUUGCAGAGCGGCAACGGCCCCAUGACGGCCGUGGCCUGCUCCCCCCCUGCAAACUUCAGCCCCUUCUGGGCCUCGUCCCCACCUGGCCACCAGGCCGCUUGGAUCCCGCCCUCCUCACCCACCGCCCACAGCUUCCACCACCUGCACCACCCGCAGCCCACGUGGCCCCCCGGAGCACAGCAGGGGGGCUCCCAGCAGAAAGCCAUGGCCGCCAUGGAUGGCCAGAGAUGAGACUGAAUGCCGACACCGCCAGGCGCUGGGCUGGAGCUGGGGGGGCGGCCCAGGGUCCGCGGAGACACAGGAGGGCCAGGGUGGGGGGAGCUGGGGCGGGUGGGGGUUUCCUGAAGAUCGCACUGGAAGAUUUUAUAAAAGAAUUUUUGUGGGUGGGGGGGGGAUAGUAAACUUCCUGAGCCACUUGGGUCUUUCAGGAGUUUCUCUUCAGGCAAGUUUUUUCUCUUUUUAAUAUAUAACUAUAAUAUAUAUGAAUAUAUAAAUGUAACUAAUGUAUGUGAGAGUGGGGCUGGCUGGCUGAGGUGUCGGGGGUCAGCAGGGAAGGGCCAGCACCCCUUCCUCCACCCCUAGCGCCGGGCAGGUGCUUGGGGGCUAGGGGCCGUGAUCUUGGCCCUCACCAGGGCCUCCGCUCAAAGGUCACGCCUUCUGGAAUCAGAAGAGGACCCCCACGGAUCCACUCCAAGGUGUUCUAUGGUGGUGAAGGUGUGGAGGUCUCCAGGGCCCUCUCCCCACCCCGGCUUCCUGGCUGGCUCCUCAGCAGCCCUGCAGCUCCUGGGGGCCCCCCUUCUCCAGCUGGAUGUGCGGGGCUUGUGCGGAACUAAGGAGCCCCUGCCGGGGUCACAGGCCCAGGCUGUGCUGCGAGGCUGGGGGACCUGAUCCCCCAUGGCCACCCUGACUCUCCGGUUGUGCGUCCCGUCCGAGUGGGUGACCGAGUGGAGCGCUUGCCUUUGGAUUUAGUUCCCAAAUCAAUCAUCUCACCAGGGUGAAAUUUUAAUUUAAAAACUUAAAAGAGACUUUUCUAACUUUC